AUGCUGCCUAUCGGUCGUUUAUUGUUUCUCAUCAUCAUCCUAUCGCUAUUCACGACGACGUGCGGUGAUGCAAGUGUCACUGCAAGUCAAUUGAAAGCUAUUAUGCCGCGAUGCAAGCAUGCAGGAUACCUAAGUCAUAUCAAUGCCGCAAUGAACGAGGGCUCGAUCAACACUUGCAAUCGAAAAGCAGCAUUUCUCGCACAAAUAGCUCAUGAAAGUGGUGAAUUACUCUACAUGGAAGAACUGGCAUCUGGUGCAGCGUAUGAAGGACGAAAAGAUCUGGGUAACACAGAAAAAGGUGAUGGAAAACGAUACAAAGGUCGUGGUCCAAUCCAGUUAACUGGUCGCGCUAAUUAUCGAGCAGCCGGUAAAGCUUUAAAUUUAGAUUUGAUUAAUCAUCAUGAGAAAGUUAAAACGCCAGAAGUGGGUUUUCGCACAACUGUUUGGUUUUGGACAAAACACGGACUGAAUGAACUUGCCGAUAAGAAAACGCUUCAAUCUUUUCGAUUGAUUACUCGUCGAAUAAACGGAGGAAGAAAAGGAGAGGCUGAUCGAGAAAAGUACUGGACAAGAGCCAAGAAGGCGCUCGGAUGUUGA